AUGAGCUCCAGGAUCCUUGCAGGAUCACGGGUGUUGAUCUCCGUCUGGAGAGCAGCAAGUAAGGCGAUCUGCUCAGGGUCCCGAGAGUGCUCGACACGCGGGGGAAGCCGAGUUCUGACAUGCGAAGGCGCAGGCACGGAGACCUGGCCGCGGUGCGCGGUGACUGCAGAAGCUUUCGGGGCGCUUGGCGGAGGGGCAGGUGGUUUGCGAGGAGCGCCUCGCAUUAAAUGCGACUCAGAAAGAUCAUCCUUUCUGAAUCAUCCUUUGAGGAAAGUGAGUUAUCAAGAAGGAAAGCCCGAACCUGCGAAGCAAGCCCUUAAGAAGUCAAAGCUGCCCGUCGGUCGUUUUGAUGCCCCAGAGGAUUCACAUGCGGAGAGAGAGCCACUGAAGAAGUUUCCAGAUGAUGUUAAUCCAGUUACCAAAGAAAAAGGCGGACCCAGGGGCCCAGAGCCAACUCGGUAUGGAGACUGGGAGCGGAAAGGGCGCUGCAUUGACUUUUAAGUCACACGCUCUUUAGCUGCAGAGUCAGCUCCUGAGUUCUGCACCCUGUAGGUCCUGUAAUUUCCAUUCUAUGUUUUAAACUACCUGUGAAGAACAAUGCUGCUCUAGAUUAGGAGAAUGGAAACACUUUCCACUAGCACACGUUAACUUUAAUGUAAGUGUGUUGGAGCAGAGACUGUGCUGGGAGCUGCAAGCCUUUGCCAUGAUCUUUCUGUAUUUAAUCAGUUGCUUAUAAAAUGCACAUGCAAAUAAAAACUUCUUAAAGAAUUUCUUUAGAUUUAUUAUUUUAUUUUAUGAGUGUUUUUCUUGCAUGUAAGUAUGGGCUUGGUGGCAGUGAAGGCCAGAAGAGGGCAUCAGAUCCCCUGGAACUGGAGCUGUGGGUAGUCAUGAGCCACCAUGUGGGAGCUGGUACCUGAAGCCAGGUCCCCUACAAGAGCAACAAGUGCUCUAACCCCCUGUGCCAUCUCUUCAUGCCCCAAGGUUUGUUUUUAUU